UCUAUAAAGAGGUCCUGACCUCAGAAAUGGUUUUGUCUGCUCAGAGAACAGUCACAAUGGCCAAGAUUACUUUCUUUGAAGACAAAAAGUUCCAGGGCCGUCACUAUGAGUGCACUGGAGACUGCACUGACAUGCAGGCCCACUUUUCUCGCUGCAACUCCAUUCGAGUAGAAAGUGGAAGCUGGGUGGUCUAUGAGAAGCCCAACUAUGCUGGAUACCAGUACAUGCUGUCCAAGGGUGAAUACCCUGAUUUCCAGCACUGGGCUGGAUUUAACGACUGCAUUCGCUCCUGCUGCAUGGUUCCUCCUUACACUGGAAACUACAGGAUGAAGAUCUUCGAGCGCUCCGAUUUUGGUGGUCAGGAAAUGGAGCUGAACGAAGAUUGCCCUGAUCUACGACAUCGAUUCCACAAUGGGGACAUCUCUUCAGCCAAUGUCAUGGAAGGCUACUGGAUCCUCCAUGAGCACCCCAACUACACUGGCCGCCAGUUUUUCCUGCGCCCUGGUGAAUACAGGAGGUACAUCGAGUGGGGAAGUCCCAGCCCUACCAUGGGCUCUCUGCGACGCGUGACUGACCUCAAAUGAAGAUCCAAAUCACUCAACCACCUCUCCCAAUGUGUCAACGGCAAUGUCUGUCAUUGCAGCGACUACGUCUGACCUUCGGGCUUGUGGAUCUGUUAUGCUGAAUGUAUUUGUGAUGGUGGCUUUAUACUAGCAUAAUUUAAUUAGGGCUAUCAGUCUCUUUUAGUAAUGUUGACUGAGCAAACUGUAUUUUAUCAGCACCUUUCCCUUCCCAACUUCAACUGGAAAUAAAGAAAAAUUUGAUUAAACUCAAACAUAUAG